ACAGGUCGCUAACGUCCUGUUCUUGGACGCACCAGCCGGAUCGGGUUACUCGUACGACGCCAUCGGAAACUACUCCACCGACGACGAGCAGGCAGCAGACGACACGUACCUUGCCAUACAGGACUUCUUACACAAGUUCUCCCUGUACAACACCAAUGAUCUGUACAUCGUAGGCCAAGGUCACGCGGCCACGCACGUGACUCUCGUUGUCGAACGGCUGCUUGAGGAUCCUGCGGCGAAACUGAUGGGAUAUGCUAUCAACAACGGAAUCCUUGACGAGCGGUUCAGGGAAAAUUCCCUAAUGUUCUUCGCCUACUACCACGGCCUCUUUGGACGGAGACUGUGGAAGAAGCUGACUACCAACUGCUGCAACGGAGUUAUUAAUCGGACGUCGUGCAAUUUUGUCGAUUCCACCAUAACAACCUGCCUGGAAGCGGUAAAAGAAGCUGGAAACAUCAUCGAAACUCAAGGGUUGAACCUGUUCAACAUUUACGCCAAGUGUGAGUCAUCGAAAAAUGAGUCCACUUGCUCAACCGAGAGUGAUGAAAUGAGUGCUAUGAGCCGGAGGUCUCCGAAAUGGUUCGUUCGUCAUCCAGGCGUGACACCGAAGGACAUCAGGCGGAGCCCCUCAUGUUUGGACACCUCUGGUGUUACUGCCUACAUGAACAGGGAAGACGUUAAAACGGCUUUACACGUACAGGAAUCUCCAAAUGAAUGGCUACCAUGCAGCGACGUCGUCAAGUAUAAUAUCAUGUACAAGGACCUGCGAGAAAUAAUCAAAAAGAUAUCGUCCAGCGACAAGGUUAAAGCCCUGUUCUACUACGGUGACGUCGACAUGGUGUCCAACUUUCUCGGUGCCAAGUGGUUCAUCGACAACCUUCGAUUUCAGACAUUAGUCACCUACGAGCAAUGGCUUUUCCAGCAACAAAUCGGCGGUUACGUGGAGUACUACGCAGGGAAAAUUGACUACCUCACAAUAAAGGGCGCCGGACACAGAGUUUCAAGAGACAAGCCACCUGUCUCACUGCAAAUAAUAAAGCGCUUCAUUGCAAGUUCACCGUUCUAGAAAAAAAAAGAAAACCCACGUACUUUCUGUUUAACACUUUCUGCUGCUGUUGUUGACACCUUGAACAAAUAAAUCUUAUAAUAGUCGCGAA